UCUUCCACAAACACAGAAACUCCAAUAUUUACAAUGCAAACUUAAAUUGACGUAACUCCGUAACACGGUAGCAUUUUUCGUCUAUCGACUUGUAUAAAAAGUAUGGCCCUUUGCGACUCGAAUUUUAGUGCGAGAUAUUACGACAUUUGUGCGCUACAGCCUCGGCUACAGCUACAUACAUUACUUCAGGAGAAAUUUAAUCGAAUUCAAAAAAAAUAAGAAGAUGAAGCCAAUACUUGUGUUCUUCUUGGUGAUCAGUGUCUUAACGUUGACCCAAUCGCAGCCCAUUGACAUCGAUGACGUAAAAAAUGUUCUUGUUGCUGUUGGUGGCGAGCAGGUCUUAGACACCGCCAACGAAUGGAUAGGUGGAGCAAAAGACGCAGUCGUAGAUUUUGCUGGAUCGAUUCUAAGCCAGGGAGCAGAAAUGGUCGGACCUGAAGUAUCAAUGCAAGUUGUCUCAGACGUAAUGAAAUACGUUGGCAAUGAGCAAGUCCAGAGCGUUGCCAGUCAAUUGUAUGAGACAGCUGCGGACUGGGUUUGGAGUUGGUUCGGAUAAUGUAAAAGCAUUUUUAGUAAAAGAGUUACACUAUCCAGAGGUUGUGAUGUGUAUGGUGUGGCACAUACCGAAAUGUUUGAUCUCUGUCUCUUUUUUGAAGUGUAAGUCUUUUGGUAAUAUAAUGUUUUUUAGAUUGAUGCGAAGUUUUCAUCUCAUUUCAUUUACAUUCCAUUGAGCUGGAACAUGGAAAAUUGCUUCAGUUGAAUUGGAUUUAAAUGAAACGAGAUAAAAUGUUGAAAAUGUUCAAUUAUUACUUUGUCAAUGAGAGAAUAAAACGAAUUAA